AUGAGCAUCCCAACUAGUUUCCAAGGACUGAGGGUCAAUGUUGACAGUGGAGACAAGAUUGGAAACAAAACCCAGAUACAGUUCCCGAAGUCUGGGGACGAUAAUGCCAAUCCAUUAGCUUCAAUUGGUGAUCGAGAAGGAAGAGGACUGAUAGAGGACACAGGGUACAGCACAAGUUCCAUUCCUCCGUUGGUCUCUCAGAGUGAAUCCCCUGACAAGUUAGUGAUCUGGGGCUCUCAGGAGCAAUGCAUGGAGCCUGAGCUCAGAGAGUUUGAGCUUCUGGAGUGUCCAGAGAUACAUACAUUCUUGGGAAACAGGGAUCAGGAGGAGGAGAAUGAGGAAGAAGAUGAUGGAGGAAGUAUGAGAGACGGAAAAGAUGAGGGUCCCAUGUCCAUAUCCUCCAGUUCAACUGCCAGCUCUGCUUCAAUCGUAGUGGGGAGAAAUGACAAUGACGGAAACAAAAUGGAGAGCAGAAUGCAGGCGGGCAAAGAGGCCCAGAAAAGGAUUGCCUGUCACAGCACUGAAGAGCUAGACACAUGUGUGACAGGCUCAAUAGAAAAAAGGGACAUAAGGUCAGGCAGGGAAAGGCGGAAGGGAGGUCUGAAGGAGUCCAAGUCUGAGACAAAUGUGUUUGUCUCCAGUUUGUCAGCUGUUUCACUCAGCAGGAGCUUGUCGAGUGCCCUGGAAAGUAGCGGACAAGUGCAGUCUCCCAUCUCUCUGUCCAACUCCAAGAUCCAACCUUACCCAAAUGCCAACAACACUACCUCAGCCGGAACCAGGAGAAGGGAAGUCCCUGUAGAUGCCAGCCAGAACUCCACAUCAACGCAUCCUCAGGAAAAACACGACCGUCUUCAAUUCUGCAGCCAGGAUCAGAGACAGAAGGAGGGAAGCCAUCAUAGAAAUGGAUUGUCCUCUGAUGUCGGGCUGGGCCAAAGGAGGAAGGCUGGAUUUGAGGAGAGGGUUCUGCCACCACGACGGCAACAGCUUGUCAGACCCCUCUGUCAGACAGAGAUGGGAAGAGCAAGGAGCUUAGCAGAGCCCAAUGCUCAUCAAGCUGAAAUAGGGCAGCCCACUUCCCCCAACCACACUCCAGAUUCAUACAGUAAUGGGUCAAACAUAAAGUUUACAAAAUCAUCUUUACGUGAACCAUCCGAUUUCUCCCACCUCUACAACACAUCUUUAGUCUCCCAGCCCAGAGAGCCCAACCAGGCAGCCCAGAGGGAGGCUCCACCUGUGGAAAAACAGCCAGCUACAGCCCCAAGGCGUAGUUCCAGUCCCCCCAACCCUUCCACUCUAGAGAAGAGACCCCAGACUCAGCUAACGUACAGAAGGAAUUGCUCCAGUCCCAACAGGACCGGGGUUGAAUCCAGGUCAUCUACCCCUCCCAACUCCCCUCUCAGGACACCCCAGGGCUCACCCUCCAUGUACCUCGUUUCCAGGAAUGUCUCUGGAGUGGUUAGACACAUCCCGUCAGGAUGCAACCCUGCUGUAACAACGUCGGCUCAGGGCUAUGGCAACAGUUGCUUGAGAGCACCAGUCAAAACUAAUAUAAGCACAAGCGGAAUCCCCAAAGCGCCUCUUAACAACCAGCAGAGCUCCCCACACUCUAGCCACAACUCCAGCCCUAAAGAGAGCUCCCCAUCACCUAAACUCAAACCUAAAGGAGUUCGCCCUAAAAUAAUUACGUAUGUCCGAAAGAAUCCUCAGUUUAAGCCCCAGGCUGCUGACGGGCCUUAUCAGGUGUCCUCUCUACCAUCCAGGCUCUCAGCAUACACACACGGACAAACACCCACUUCCUUCAAAGGCACCCCUAAAGACCCCUCCAAACCUGAGGCGGAAAGCAGAGGAGCCCCAGUACUCAUUGCCUCCAAUCUGCUCUAUGACAAGUACCGCCAAGAGAUGCAGACCAGCAUCUUCCCUUCAGGUGUGCUGAGCAGGAGUAUCAGGCCCCCUGGACACACAAACACUGUCCCCCCUGCACACACACACAGCCAUACAGCACCACCGAAACUGGGCAGCAAAGCAGACAACUUCUACGGGGCACCAUCAGAGGUGGGAAGAUCUGCCGGUUUUAAAGGGACUUCUGCCGAGGACGCGCUGCAGCCCCGGACGGCUGCUCAGGCUGGAGGCAGCGGCAGUCUCCUGCGCUCUGGCAGAGGUCUGCGUCUGGGCCUGGGAGCUGUCACACGGACAGCUGCAGGCACAGCCAAGGGCAGAGGAUCUGGUCAAGGUCACAGGUCAAUGCCGGUCUUCAGCCAGCCAGUCCAACCUGUCAGCCCAGCCACCAGUCAGAAAAACCAAGAUAACACAGCAGAUGACCAGGUCUUCACCGAGCAUCCUCCUGCUCCUCCUCCUACUUCAGCGACAGCAGCAGCCCAGCCCCAGGCCACGGCUUCCAGGUCUCUGCUCCCCAAAGCGAGCCAGUCAGGCCUGCGCCCCCCAGGUUUCAGCUCCAGCCGUCUGCCCGCAGGCCGCCUGGCAGCCUUUGGCUUCGUCAGGAGCUCCAGCGUGUCCUCCGUCUCCUCGUCUCACUCUGCUGACAGCACACAGAGUGACCCGUGUAUUUCAGGUCUGAGUGUGAGUGAGGAGCCUCCUCUUCACAGGGUGACCACAAGCCCUCCGUCAACAGAUCACCAGAGAGGGGCACCAUGCCACAGCAAUAGUCUUCAGCCGCCCUCCACCCCGGCUCUGCCCCGGCGCUAUCUGCCUCCCCAGCCAAGAAGCUCCCCUGGAGUUGGGAGGAAGGAGUUCCAGCGGAGUGCAGAGGUCACACGUUCCCUCCCGUCCUCCCCGAAGAGGCUGGCGGUGGUUCCACCUAAACCUCAGUCCCCAGUGCAGUCUGGGCAGCGGCCCGCGGCGGCAGUGCGAGGGUCGGCUCCCCCAGGCUCCCCUCGCCGCGUGGCCCCCCUGAGGCCGCAGCAAGAACAGCAGGAAAGCCUGCAGAGAGAGAAAGAGGAGGCUCAACAGAAAGAGAGAGAAAGGCAAGCCGCAGAGAGAGAAAAAGAGGAGCAAAGGGAGGAGGUUCAGAGGUUGCAGGGACACUGUGAGCGGCAGGAGAGGCAGCUGAGAGGUCUAAGAGAAGAACUGAGGAAGACUUCCUUAGGUCUAGAGGCCUUCAUUAUCACCACGCAGCAUUACUGCCUCAAGAAGAAAACUGCAGAGGAAAAUCAAAGGAAAUUGGCCAUGGAAAUGCAAACGAUCAGAGAAGAAAUGGCAUCUAACUCAGUGCGGUGGGAGAGACUCCAGCGGGAAAAGACAUCGCUGGAGGUGGCGUUUGAGCGAGAGCUGCAGGAGCUGCAGCUGCAGCAGGAGGCAGAGCUGGCUGCUGUGGAAGAGGGCCUUAGAAAGUGUUACUCAACAGAGGCAGAACACCUGAAGGCGGAGCAUCGGUCAGAGAUGGAGGAGCUUAGGACUCAGCAGCAGGAACAGGUGGAGGAGAUGACAGUCAACCACCAGGCAGCCAUUCAGGAGCUCAGAGACAUGCAUAACAUCACCAUGGCAACACUGCAUGAGGAGCACGCCCGCACUAUGAGAGACUUAAGGAAAGCUCAUGAGCAACAGAAGAUGCUUUUAGAGGAGGAUUUUGAGAAACUCCGGCUUUCUCUACAGGAUCAAGUGGAUACCCUCACAUUUCAAAAUCAGAGUCUGAGGGACAGAGCCAAACGUUUUGAGGAGGCUUUGAGGAAGAGUACGGAUGAACAGAUAGUUGAUGCUUUAGCGCCGUACCAACACAUUGAGCAAGAUCUGAAGAGCUUGAAGGAAGUUGUAGAAAUGAAGAACCUGCAGAUACACGAGCAAGAGAAGAAGAUCUCUGACCUGGAGAAAGUGCAGGCCCAAAAGAACGUGUUCCUCGAAGAGAAGGUCCAGGUUCUGCAGCAGCAGAAUGAAGCUCUGAAGAUUCGUAUUGAAACAAACCUAGCCAUGUCCAGGCAACUAUCAGAAGAGAAUGCCAACCUCCAGGAGUCUGUCGAGAAGGAGAGCACUGAGAAGAAGCGGCUGAGUCGGAACAACGAGGAGCUGCUGUGGCGUCUCCAGACCAGUCCCCUCAUGUCCCCCGCCUCCUCCCCACUACAUCGCUCCUUCUCCCCCUCCCCCGUCCCCUCAUCCCCAUUCUUCUCCUCCUCACCUGUAGCAGGGUGCGACUCCCCGACUCACUGCCACGGUUGUCCCCAGCAGGUUCAGUACUCCUCCCCCUCCCACAGGGCCACCACCAAUCAAAAUCUCUCCCCAGGACCAGCCACACCCACUCACAGGGCAGCAAGCAAUCAAAAUUACUCCCCUGGCCCGGCCACGCCCACACACAGAGCGUCGGCCCACCGCUGUAACUCAACUGCUAGUCUCAACUCUCUACAGAGAUAA